CCUCUGUAUUCCCAGGACUGUCCAGAGGAGAAGGUCCCGGAGAAUCCUCAGAUGACAAAUCAGAGGGAAGAUCUGACUGAUAUUAAAGUGGAGGAUGAAGAAGAGAGGAUGAUGGGUGAUCCAUCGUGUAGGAGUGAGGAGGAGGAGGACAUUCCAGGAGAUGUCACCACAGAAAAUCCCAGUACAAAUUCAGAAGGAAACUUGCUGUCACUAAAUUAUAAAGUAGAAGAUGAAGAUAUGCAGCGCUCUUCAGGAGAAAAUAUUAAUGUACAUCCAGGACUUCACAGUACAGAUCUGUCAUAUAAUCUUCCUAAUCAUGAGGAACCUUCUCUUGACCAGAAAGAGGGUGAAAUGUUUCACUGUGGUAAAGAGUUCACAAAAAGAUCAAGUCUUUCUACAUACACAAGAAUUCGCACUGGGGAGAAGCCAUACUCCUGUUCAGAAUGUGGGAAAUGCUGUACAGAUAAAUCACAUCUUGUUAGACAUAAAAAAAGCCACACAGAAGAGAUUUUUAAAUGUUCAGAAUAUGGAAAAGGUUUUAAAAUCAAAUCAAAUCUUGCUAUACAUGAGAGAAUUCACACAGGGGAGAACCCAUAUUCAUGUUCAGAAUGUGGAAAAUGUUUUACACAAAAAUCUGAUCUUGUUAGGCAUGAGAGAAGUCACACAGGAGAGAAGCCAUAUUCAUGUUCAGAAUGUGGGAAAUGUUUUACACAAAAAUCAGAUCUUGUUAAGCAUGAGAGAAGUCACACAGGAGAGAAGCCAUAUUCCUGUUCAGAAUGUGGGAAAUGUUUUAAAAUUAAAUCAAGUCUUGUUAGACAUAAGAGAAGUCACACAGGAGAGAAGCCAUAUUCCUGUUCAGAAUGUGGGAAAUGUUUUAUACAAAUAUCAGCUCUUGUUAAGCAUGAGAGAAGUCACACAGGAGAGAAGUCAUAUUUGUGUUCAGAAUGUGGGAAAUGUUUUACACAAAAAACUAUUCUUGUUACACAUCAGAGAUUUCACAUAGGAAAGAAGCCUUAUUCAUGUUCAGAAUGUGGGAAAUGUUUUACACAAAAAUCUGAUCUUGUUAAGCAUGAGAGACGUCACUCAGGAGAGAAGCCAUAUUUGUGUUCAGAAUGUGGGAAAUAUUUUAUACAGAAAUCAGAACUAGUUGCACAUCAGAGAUUUCACACAGGAGAGAAGCCAUAUUCAUGUUCAGAAUGUGGGAAAUGUUUUACAGAUACAUCAGGUCUUGUUAGACAUAAGAGAAGUCACACAGGAGAGAAGCCGUAUUUGUGUUCAGAAUGUGGGAAAUGUUUUGCACACAAAUCAAAUCUUGUUACACAUCAGAGAUUUCACACAGGAGAGAAGCCAUAUUCAUGUUCAGAAUGUGGAAAAUGUUUUGCACAAAAAAGAGUUCUUGUUACACAUCAGAGAAGUCACACAGGAACAAAUUUCUGAAAUCAGCAGAUUCCAUUUGGGUACAAAUAAAUUCAAACCAAAGUGACAGUGCUCAGAUUGCCCUAAUAAAUUGUGGAUGACGUUCUGAAGUCUUGUAGGGCUUUAACGUCAAGGCAGCAUUGGCAAUCUUAAAGUGGCAGUGAAAUAUAUAGAUAUGGAUAACAGAUGGUGGCCGGUGGUAAUAAAGAAACUGUUUGACAACACAUUGCACUUUUGACUUUGUUAUGCUUUUUA